AUGACAGGUGACGGAGGAGCAGCUAGCCACACUCUUCCUCUCCUGUGGCCAGGUGGGUUUCCAGAUGCCUCACAGCUUCAGGUGAUUUUUCAGGUGGUGGACUGUCGCAUCUGUGGGGAUCCCAACUCGGUGCUGCGAUUUGCGUUUGUGGAGUUCACAGACGAAGAGGGGGCUAAAAACGCAUUGAGCAUUGCGGGCACGAUGCUGGGGUACUAUCCUCUCAGGGUGCUCCCUUCAAAGACCGCCAUCCUGCCCGUCAACCCCACUUACCUCCCCAAGAGCCAAGAGGAGAGGGAGAUGUGUGCUCGCACCGUUUAUUGUACCAACAUUGAUAAGAAGGUCACCCAAGCAGACGUGAAGCUCUUCUUUGAGUCGCUCUGCGGAGAGAUCUCUCGCCUUCGUCUACUGGGCGAUUACCAUCACUCCACGCGCAUUGCCUUCGUUGAAUUCGUGAUGGCUGAGAGUGCCAUGGCUGCUCUAAACUGCAGCGGAGCCAUUCUAGGCUCACUUCCUAUCAGGUCAGUGAAGCACCUCCCCGCACCGCUCUGCACCUCUCUGCACCCUGCACCCUCUCCACGCAUCUUUUCCUUCCCCAGGCUGAGAGUGCUAUUUGGGAAUCACUUUUGA